GUGGAAUAGCCGUUGCAUGAAAGUUGCAUGUAUAAGAGUCCCUUUAAUGAUUGUAGAUCUGUCAUGGUAGUUUUUAGUUUUCGUAACAUUUCUAAAGGAGUGAUUUCUCCAGAUGGAUAUUGUUUAGGUAAGGAAUUCUACUAACCGUCUUAUCUGUACAUGUACUGACUAUAUUACAAUACCCAAGAAACUUAGACUGCAAGGACUGUUAUUGGACCUGCUUUCUCAUUAGCUAGAGGGAUGCCAAAUUCAGCGUAGAUGGUUUUGAACGAAGACAUCAGCAAACCACAUAUUCCUAAUGUGCUUCCAGUAAAUAUAGACAGAGCUAUCUAGGUAUUACUGGUUUGGUGUUUGAACACGAGGUUUUACUUCUAGAUCUACUACCCACUGAACAAAACAUGCAAAUGUUUCCAUUAAUACGCAGCUAAUUCAACAACCCAUGGGUAGACACCUAAUAAUUCGGGUUGUUAUUUUAAUAACUUAAUUAUAUGACUGAGUGUAUAAACACAUUUAAGUUCGACAUAGUUGUAAUAUACGGCUUUUAGAAUUUAUUAUCUAUUACUUCUCACAAAAAAUAAUAUGAAUAAUCGAAGGCAUUUCAAUACAUUCACUGUUCAAUUUCAAAAAAUUAAUUGAAUUAUGUCUUUAAAAUAUUUUAAAUGCAUACUUGUAAGUUUUUAAAAGCUUUUUUAAGAAGGCCGCUACAUGUAGCAUGGAAAAUGAAUAAUGUGCCUUUUUAUUUUUUUAUUUUUUUUAAUUUUUUUUUUUACAGCUACAUGAAGAACCUAUGGAUAGACACACAUGAUAAUACAGGUUAUUAUUGUAAUAUUAGUUAUGAAUAAUGUAGAUACAGGAUCAUCAUUGCGUCUUAAAUUUCUCUUCAUGAAUUACAUGCAUGUUCUGUCGGAUCGGCUAAGAAAUGAAUAUUGUUUCUAGAAUAUCUAAAAGCAAGAUAUUAAAAACAGAAAAUGUGGACCUUAAAGGAGGACUUGGACAGGCGGACGGACGGAAACCGAUAACAGAUAGGGAUCUAAACGCGACACUAGACCAUUACCCGUGUUUACAUUGGUCCGGUUGAUUUGGUGUCUCUGAAAUCACGAUAUCCACGAUCUCUGACAAACAGCGACUUAAUGUAAGAAAUAAUUUGCAGGGACAGAUCAAAGCCGAAAUGUUUAUGAUCCCAAAGUUACACGUAUAACGAAAACAAAUCGGACACGACCUCAUUAAAUUAAGUUUCCAAUCACCUAUCUAUAGCAAUUCCUGACCGCAGCUAAUCAAUUUUUCCUUCAUUAAACGGUGCAGUAAAUCUGCCCGAGAUGGGACGUUAGGUGGACCAAGUUGCACGCGCCUACAUCAUGAGGAAACGGGGCCUCCAGAUCCCUGCUUUUUUGUUGAACUUCAUGGUUAUAACAGCAGGCAGUGCAGUACACCGCACACUGACAGCAACGGGAUCAUCUGCCUACUUCUCCUCACCAGGGUACCCCAAUGAAUAUCCAAGCAAUUUAACACUGCAAACCACCAUACUGGCUGCCACCCAGACAGACGUCAUCCACAUCAACUUCCUGGAUUGUGACAUUGAGUAUGCGAGAGUAAAAGUGCCAUACUGUCAGAUCGACCAAAUAAUGGUUUAUGACGGGGUUUCCACGAAUGACUCAGUUUUGUACCAGGGGUGCUGUUUGAAUGACGUUACAAAACUACGUAGUUCCGGGUCAUCCCUUUUACUACGAUUUAUCUCCGAUUCCACAGUGUCUGGAAGAGGGUUUUACGUCCAGUUCUACACGAACGGCACGGAUACUAGAAGCGACAAUGAUUUAUCGUCCGGAAGUGCAAUUGUUAUCGUCAUAGUUCUGAUUGUCGUGUUUCUUGCAAGUGUCGGUGUUAUUUUACCAUUACUAUACUACAAGCACAAAUAUCCAAAAUUCAAAGUCUCCCACAAAAUUCUACCGAAAACAUCGGACAAUGUGAAGAACACGGGACCGGAAGUUAACUUGCAAAAACAACCGGUUGCGGUUGCCUCAGGAUCCAAAUCUCCCAAUCUUCUGAAAUCCUCAAGUCCUGGGACAUCAACUCCAGACUCCAGCAUUAACGGAAGGGUGCCAAAACAAAAUCUCAUGUAGUUAGGGUGGUUUUACCCAAACCAAAAUACUGUAGUAAGCUAUAGUAUACUACUGUGAACUGUAAUAUUAAAGUAUUUACAUUGUCAGUAAUUGUAUCAAAGUAUUUACGUAAUACAUGUAUAGAGAAUCAAAGUAUCUCAGUUUUCAACAUUACUUUUGGUGAUGUAAUUAAUAAAAGGUAUGGCCAUACUUAUUACAAAUAUCUGUAUAUCUUACUCCUGUAAGUCAAAGUUUCUACUAUACUGUAAUAUUAAUCUUUUUAUCGUGGUUUAACAAAGCAUUAACGUUUUUUUUUUUAUCUUCAGAACUGUAGCGAGGUUUUUCGACGCAUUUGUAAAUGAUUUUACGAUAGCAAACUUUAGUAAAAGCAUAUACAAAUGUAGCUUAAAUUUGGCGAUGUUCCCAUGGAGCCUGAAACAUGGUCGUAUCUAUCUUGCCGCGCGGCUUCCGUGCAAUGCAUAUGACAGGUACUGACUGUGCGCGAGAUUUCGGAAUCAGACUCCGUGGCCUCUCUGAUGUUGCUUAGUUUGAACAGAGACAUAUAUGCCAAGGUAUGGUAUAUAUGUCUCUGGUUUGAAGUUAUAUGUUUCUUUUUUAUCGUAAGUCCGUAUGUAGCCAGUGUACAAAUGCAUUGCACGGGCACCAAGCCAAAUGUAUACCAGACAUUACUACAUAUUGUACUGUAAUGUGUACUUUUACUUAGUAAAUUACUAUACUAGUAUUUUAAGGUAUACGCAUGUAUUAUAUGUACACUAAUAAACAUUUAUCUCUCA